AUGGAUCUGCUUCAAGGCCUCCGGGGUUCCUCCACCUGUACAUCUGCACCCUCCGGACCAUUGUUAACGCAGAUGGAGACCCUGGAUGAGCUGGACGUCCUCGUCAGUGCCCUCGGCGAUAAUUCAUAUCGCCAACAACUGGUAUGUUAUGUGACGAAACUGUACACAACUUUUCUAGAUGAUGUACUUGUCUACUCUUGGCGGGGACACGGUUGUGUCUUUUGUCGAUAGAAUUUUCGGAGCGCUGUUCUCCGAAAGAAUAACCUGUUAUGUAACCUUCUAUGGUCGCCGACAGGGAAUGAAGCCGUCCUUCGGAACGCAUCUUUAUAAUUUGGCUCUAGGUAAGAUCUGCGAUAUCUGUAAACUUAUGAAAUUUAGUACAGAGGUCUUCAACAACUGGAAUCGAGAACAGCGCUCUGACCGUCACCAGUUGGAAAGGGCACUAAGAAGGCCUUUAAACGGACAUACGAUGGCUUACUUAAACGGAGUAUUAAAUCCAACACAAAUUGCGAGUCUAUUCAGAAUAUGA